AUGGAUCCAUAAACAUAAAAACCUAAGUUAACAGUCAUAGAUUUACCAACCUUCACACUAGUUGGAUUGACGAGGGAUAUUAUUUAAAAAGAAGAAUUAGAUCCCUAGACUGGAUAAAUUGGGAAGGCAUACGAAGAAUAUUUUGAUAUGUAAAUGAAUGAAAAAAUACCACAUCGAUUACACCCAAAAAGAACUUAUUGUAUGUAUUAUGAAUACUAAAAUCCUCAUGACCAUGAUGAAAUCAAAUAUAAAAUGGUAUUAGGAGAAAUGGUAAGUGAAGUGACUAAUCUACCAGAAGGAUUAAUAGCUGUAACGGUACCAGCACAUCGUUUCUGUCGUUUUGAUUGUGGACCAGGUCCUAUACCUAAGGUAAUAAUUGAUGCUUGGUAAUCAUUGCCCAAAUUAUCCCCUGAUGAAUUAGGAGGAACAAGAUCAUAUGAUUAUGACUUUGAGGUGUACCCAGAAGAAUUAAAUGUGAAUGAAAACAUCAAAUUAGAAUUAUUCAUCGGUUUAUAAAAAUGA